UGCUGCCUCAGUAACUGAAAAAUAAGGAAUUGUCAGUGUGUUGUGAAUUCAGUUCUAUUUCAGUCAAAUAGGAUCCAGUUCUUGUCAACACGUUGACCACACACAUGCUGUUCGAUUUGUCGUAGAGAAAGGAGAAAAAAGGACAUUUCAGUCCUGUAGGCCGUGCGCAGGCCAUUUAUUUUGUGAUGCUAAAAAGAUGGUUAUCAUCUUGUCCGAAGUGCUCUUGCUGAUAAGCUGUUCUUGCAUUUCUAUAUACAUUAUAUCACUAGACUUGUAAUUUAAUUCUCUAUGAUGAAGCUCCAUUGAUGAAGAUCCAAUGCUUGUAUGGGGGGGUGGGAGCAAUAACAGACACCUGAGAAUGGGCUAAAUCGCGACUUGCCCAGGAAGGGUAUGGGCAGAGAGAGGAGAGCUUACAGUAUAAUCGACUUUUAGAGGGAUGCAGUGACAGCAAUGGGAGAGGACAGAAGAUGGAGGGAAGAAGGAAAUAUGGAGAGAUGAGCUCUGAAGGAAGGUUUGUCCAUUCUUGUUCUAGAUGAAUGAGAAGAGCCUUAUGUUUGUAAUGGUGCGUAAAGAUGGUGUAGGUAAUCAGGAUAGAAGUGAGUGGCGAUGCUUAGUCCCGUUAAUGUAAAUAAAGCAUACGGUUGCUAACAUAACAAUCUCCCAAAUCGAGACCAACCAUGAGGUGAGUAGCUUUAAAUAGACACACUUGAAGAGGAUGGCAUUGUUUUCCUACAUGUUUGCCUUUGGAGCAAAUGGUUGCUGGAUUGUGCUUUUUAUAGUACAAAACACUUUUUCCAGCCUAGGGAUUGGUCAAUUGGUGUUAUUAGUGUUCUUUGUUUUGCACUGUGUUUAGGAGUGAGUGAUUGCAUCUGUGUCUGUGGGCACAUGUGUUGGUAGGUUAAUUCAGCAAGGAGCUAGUGUGACUGGAAGUGACGCUGAACAGUCAAUGUAGCCUAUGCAUUCAGAGCUGUCCUUGGACUUUGUGCAGAAUUCUGGCAGCAGUACAGGAAUGUGGACAUAGUAUACUGAGAGAGAGAGGGAAGAAUUGGAAUUCAGUUUGCUUGCACUCAGCUGUGUGAUGAUAAUUUAUACUUCCUCUGGGGCCCCAGUGUGAAUCAGCAGCUUUGCAGCACAAAACCCCACUGAGAUGGGAAUAACUAGGACUGUCUGUAAUGGCACCCUAUUCCCUAUAAUGCACUACUUUUGACCAGGGUCUUGGUCAAAAGUAGUGCAGUAUAUAGGGAAUAGGAUGCCAUUUGCAACUUACCCAGGGACUGCAUGAGAAACAGAGGGCAAGAAGGUUCAGUAUCUGGGGGAUUCAUUGCUACCAGUAGCUUUCUUCCUGACACACCCAGGAACUGCAGUGGGAAUGGCAAUUGUAGCCAGCAGAAACUAGCCGGCCCGUCGCUAGCUUAGCAUCACGCACUGAUGUCAUCAGUACUGUCACCCCUGCGUUGAUGAGCACUUCACCCACAGCAGAACUGCUAUGCUUCAUGCUCUCUGCCUCUGGUUAGGGCUGGGCAAUAUAUUGAAUUCAUUCAAAUGUAUGGUUUUGCACGGUAUUCCAAAGGCCUGUAUUGUAAGAAUUAUGUUUUUAUUUAUGAAAAUAUCAGUUUGUUCUCAUGUUUUCCUUUUGGUCUCGUCUCCUCCACUCUUUCUGUGCUGUGUGCACCUUCCCAUUUACUUACACACACACACACACACACACACACACACACGCCCCUCCCUCUGCCACUUACAACAAUAACAAAGAGGAGCGAUCGCUUCCUCGUCUGUGACCAGCAGUUUCAACUCGCUAUUUGCAUUUGAGAUUUGGUCCAACAGAAUGGGUCAUAUGGACACCGAAACACAUGGAGACAUUAUUUGACUGUAAGAAAGAAGUGAACAUUUCUAAAGAUAUCCUUUUUAUGUUUAUAACAGGAGUAUCAAUGAACACUUAGUUUGUUGCGCGUGCAUUGCUGUACCACUUACAACUACCAUUAACUCGUUCUCAUUCUGAGAAAUAAGGUGGUCCACUUGAUUUCAGCAUCUGAACAAAGUGAAGAGGCCAGCAUACUGUUUAAACAGUUGGAGACGGACAGAAGGAUGUGCUCAUAACAACUCAACUGUUCUACCUUGUUAGCUAGCAAAUAGAUCCAGGUUGGCUAGACUUAAAACAAAGAUUACCUGGCAACUCACUAGCAUGUGGGCUUGAGAUUGUUUGAGACCUGUUUUAAUUUUCUAUAAUGCCCGCUACAAGAAGUUAGUCAUUUAUUGGUUAAUGCGCAUAAUUCAUGGUUCUGGUUAAAUUUGUAACAAAAAUAUAUUUUCAGAUCAGUGAUUAUUGCGAAAAAGCUUUUUUAAAUUAUUUUGAUUAUUUUGAUUAAAUAAUGUAAUUAUUAGUGGGUUUUACGGUUGUGGAAGGCUUACAUUUAGUCUAGAAAUAAUUUCACACGCCCUGCAUUCAUUCAUUAUUGUUGACUGUUUUAAAUGCAGUGUAUUUUACCUUUUUUCAUUGUACAACAAAGCUUGCUCUGAGUGUACAAGACAUUAGGAACACCUUCCUAAUAUUGAAUUGCACCCCCUUUUGCCCACACAACAGUCACAAUUCAUCGGCCGUGGACUCUACAAGGUGUCAAACAUUCCCCAGGAAUGCUGGCCCAUGUUGACUCCAAAGCUUCCCACAGUUGUGUAAAGUUGGCGGGGUGUCCUUUGGGUGGUGGACCAUUCUUAGUCCACACGGAAAACUGUUGAGCGUGAAAAACCUAGUGGUGUUGCAGUUCUUGACACACUCAAACCAGAGCGCCUGGCACCUAUUACUAUACCCCUUUCAAUGGCACUUAAAUCUUUUGUGUUGUCCAUUCUUUCUCAAUUGUCUCAAGCCUUAAAAAUCCAUCUUUAACGUGUCUCCUCUCCUUCAUCUACGCUGAUUGAAGUGGAUUUAACAAGUGACAUCAAUAAGGGAUCAUAGACUGACCAGGCCCCUCACUGCGAGCACGCCUUCUGCAAUGCCUGCAUCACCCAGUGGUUCUCCCAGCAGCAGAUAUGCCCCGUGGACCGCAGCGUGGUGACGCUGGCCCACCUGCGCCCCGUGCCCCGCAUCAUGCGCAACAUGCUGUCCAAGCUGCAGAUCACCUGCGACAAUGCUGGCUUCGGUUGCACCGCCGUGCUGCGCCUCGACCAGCUGCAGUCGCACCUCAGGGACUGCCAGCACAACCCCAAGAGGCCCUUCCAGUGCGAGCAGGGCUGUGGACUGGAGAUGCCUAAAGACGAAGUGUCCAGCCACAACUGCAUCAAACACCUGCGCAGCGUGGUGCAGCAACAGCAGGGCAAGGUCACCGACCUGGACAAGACUGCUGCUGAACACAAGCACCAGCUAGCAGAGCAGAAACGGGACAUCCAGCUGUUGAAGGCAUACAUGAGAGCCAUCCGCAGUGCCAACCCAAACCUGCAGAACCUCGAAGAGACCAUUGAGUACAAUGAGAUCCUGGAGUGGGUGAACUCCCUCCAGCCAGUGCGCGUCACCCGCUGGGGCGGUAUGAUCUCGACACCGGACGCUGUCCUCCAGGCGGUCAUCAAGCGCUCACUCAUUGACAGUGGCUGCCCGCUUUCCAUCGUCAACGACCUGAUCGAGAACGCCCACGAGAGGAACUGGCCCGCCGGCCUGGCCACGCUGGAGACGCGGCAGAUGAACCGGCGCUACUAUGAGAAUUACGUGGCCAAGCGUAUCCCCGGGAAACAAGCAGUGGUGGUGAUGGCCUGUGAGAACCAGCAUAUGGACCUUGUUCAUCCUCGCGAUGCGGAGCUAAUCAGGAAUGCCCUUGUUCAUCCUCGGGAUGCGGAGCUAAUCAGGAAUGCCCUUGUUCAUCCUCGGGAUGCGGAGCUAAUCAGGAAUGCCCUUGUUCAUCCUCGGGAUGCGGAGCUAAUCAGGAAUGCCCUUGUUCAUCCUCGGGAUGCGGAGCUAAUCAGGAAUGUCACUUCUGGUAGGAGUAGUAGAUGGACAGUGAAGACUUGGAACUUUCUUUUGGUUUGAGUUUCACACCUUGUGUUUUUUGUGAUGUUAUUGUUGUAUAUGAUUUGUCUGAGUUAGUCCUGUGUUUGAACUGUUUUUCUUAUGAUAUUUAUGUAGUUGGUUUGAAGUGGGUCCAAUUUGUAUGAAAAUAGACUCAGGCUACCAAAGCAUUUAUGUACAAAAUAACAUCAGCCAAAAGUCUGUUCUGUUUUAUUUUAUUAUUUAGGUUUUGUUUAUUUUAAAAGUUGUCAAAUGGCAUGUCACUAACACAUCACUGUAUAUCAUGUAUCUUAUCCUAAUAUUGUGUUCAGUCAUACAUGAACUACUUCCCUGUGGCUUUGCUGAUUUGUAAUAUUUUUCCCAGAUGAGGUUAGGUGAUUUGUGACCCUGAAUCCAUCACCACAAUUAACAAAGCUUUUACUCCUAACAGUUUGGACUAUUCUGGUUUAGAUUUUCUGUAUAGUGAUAGCCUUUUGUGGCAUUUUUCCAUUUGAUUGUGUAACUUCUUAGUUUGAGAACAAAACUAUUUGGUUUUACUUUCAUCCACCAAAUAAUGAACAAGUUCACACACUUUACCUCUGCUCAUUCAUUACAUUAGUCUAAAUUAAAUUCCUGGGGUGACUGAAUAAAAAUGGACAAGAACAUGAAUACACUUGUAUUGAACUCGGAGGAAGCGUUUGAAGCUAACUAAUAUCUAGACUGCCCUCUACAAUCCUCUUAAGAUCUACGUUGAAACUGGAACCUAGUCUUAAUCUGCUUCCUCUAUAUGGCUGUCUCUCUUUGCUCUGUCAGUUAGGUGCCUUGAUAUACUUUCAUGUAUAGGAUUCAAACUCACUUCCUGAAAGGCUGUGUCGCACCAAGUAUAAAUCUCAAACCAUUUCCUUCAUUGGUUAAGACCGAUAUUGAACUCUCCUUUUGGAUCCCUAAAUCAAAGGCUAGUGAAGUGAUUUGAAGCAAUGGGUUAGUGAGAUAAGAUCACUAAGUAGCUUGUCUAGAGCAGAGGUACAAACACAGCACUCCCAAGACUUGUGUUUCAGAUUCUUGCUUUUAUUCUUUAUAGUGUUGUGACUUGCAUCUGUGCAGCCUCAGUUUGAAUAGAAGGGUUCUGUUGUGUCUUCCUAGAGGAUGGAUGAUUUACAAUACUGUACUUGAAACAAAAAGGUCAGAAUGUUGAAACUUCCAAAUAAUUGAUGAAGGAUUAGUGGCUAGACCCUCCAUUUUACUAUUCAGAAAUGUAGAAGGCAGUGAGAGAGGACAAAUAUUUAUUUUGAUGUUAAACUGAAAUCUAGGAUGUAUUCACUAGAAACAAAACUGAAGGGACGAACCUGAACUUACCCAGUAAGAAAUGCUGGUUUUCGUUGUGAAAUGUUUUGCUACAGUUUGAUGGUGUGGACUAAUACACCCUUGUAGUCAGGAACUGGGCUGCAUUCAAUACGGGGGGGAAAUGGUGUGUAACAUUCAAUUAAAUGGAAACGGUGCUGUUUUUUUCAACGACCAGUUGAAAAAACGGGGAGCGAUUGGGUUGGGGAACUCAGUCAGCAUGGCCUCUGCCCUUUUAAAUACGUCACUCAUUGCUUCAUGGGGUGGCAGGGUAGCCUAGUGGUUAGAGCGUUGGACUAGUAACCAAAUGGUUGCAAGAUCGAAUCCCUGAGCUGACAAGGUAAAAAUCUGUCAUUCUGCCCCUAAACAAGGCAGUUAACCCACUGUUCCUAGGCCGUCAUUGAAAAUAAGAAUUUGUUCUUAACUGACUUGCCUAGUUAAAUAAAAUAAAAAAGUCACACCCUACCAAUCAGAGCAAACGUACAUCAAAGUUGGCUCAAGAAAGUAGAAGGUUUUCAGAUCCGUGUCGUUCAGGACAAACCGUCACACACCGUAGCAAACGUUUAAUCGGAACUGAAAGUACCCCUGAUAUUUUAAAUUGGUUUUGGGCUGCACCUGUCUUUACCUUUUUUGCUUAUUCAUGUGAACUAGUGUGUUACUGUGAUGAUGCCAUACUGACUUGAUAAUAAUACCAGACAACUGAGUUAGAAUUACACAUUUAUUGUAAAUAGUUCACCAUCAUAUAUCAAUAUUCACAUACUGAUGCACUUCCAUUUCAGUAUCUAUCCGUAGUUUUAUUUUGUGAGAUGUUUUCAUUAAAAGCAGAUAAGAAUU